GUGAUGCCAAUCCUUGUCCAAGAAGCAGGGGACCCUACUGUGACGUCAACAAUCCAGAUGGCUCAGCAUGUUGCUCAAAAUCCCACUGCGCAUUUGUCUCAUCGUCACGUGAUCCCAGCAAAAACCUUCGCAUCAGUUGAUGUCUGUAGGGAUCUUCCUCGCUGCUGGGAUGAAGUCGAGAUGUCCAAGGCUUUUGGAAAGCUUGGUCCAAGCAAUGAUCUGUUCAGAUCAGUGGGUCCAGUUGGGAAGGAUGGAAAAGAUGCGGAUAAAGGCUAUAACCAAAGUGACGUCGAUAGGGCGAUUGAGUUCAUCCUUUGUCCACCUGCAGAUGUAAUGACAUUGGAUCAUUCUACGAGCGGACCUCCUAACAUCUCGUAUCAAGUCCAGGAGUUUCCAGACAUUCCAGGACUUGUUCCCAGUCCCACAUCAGAUCUCAGACCAGUCUUCAAGGCGGUCAGCAUCUCAUCACCAGCUGUCAAGACUGUUGGUCUUCGCCGGCCAAAAGGAGGAUGGCGAUCAGUCUGCAUUAUUGAGUGACUUUGAUUUGAGUGGCUAAAGGGCUUCCCCCAUCAUCAAGUUCAUCG